AUGAAGGGACUACGGGUAUUCAUGUUUAUAGUAGCAACCACUAUAUUACCAUGCAAGUCCACACCAGACGACAUCGAUGACUUUAAUAGGAUAUCUUCAAGUCUCCCACAGCCAAAACAUGGCGGGCUGGGUGUCAGAUUUAAAGAUGAGAAACAUACUAGAGAACUUGAGAUGCAAGCAUCACCACAAAGUUCCUCCCCAUUUUUAUCACAAUUUGUGCAUGAAGGAAACAAUCUUUUUUUUAAGCCACAAGUCUUAUUCGGCUCAAUUGUUAAGAACAAUCCUUAUAUUUCACAUCCACCGAUAGUAAAUGACGAAAAAGAAUUAGUUGUUUCAGAAAAUCCUAUGCCUCCAUCAAUUGAAACAAUAUCCAAAGAAGAUGAGAAUGCAUCAGCAUUAGAAGAAGAAAUAACUAAGAAGAAAUUACCAGAAAUCCCUGAAGCACCGAUAUUACCUCCAUUUGAAAUGCCCGUACUCCCACAAGUAGUUGGUGAAGAACCCGAAGUAAGAAUCGAAGAUUCUGCUGAAAAGAUAAUCAUCGACGAAAAACAUAUUAUAAUUCCGGAACCACCAACAUUUUCUCCUUCAAAUCUACCAGAACUACCUAUGCAAAUAUUUAGUAAUAAGCUAGUACCUGGCAUACUUCUAUGUACACGUAUAGAUAAUGACGGCAAUAAAAUAGCUGUCCCUUGUCCAAACCUAGCUCAACCUCCCUACUCAGAUGUUACUAACUUCAUGAAUAUAGUAGAAAACAAAGCUUUCAUACGUCCAUUGUCGACGAGAAUACCUCUUAGUAUCCCAUUUCAAAGGCCGAUCGAAACAGUCAUGCCUUUUCGAGAGGAUCUAACAAGUACUCGGUUUUUACCAUGUGUUACAGUUUCAAAAUUCCCUCUCAAUGAGUCAAAUCGUAAAUUUUUAAUAAAUCCUCAUCAUGGUGGUCUUUCAAAAUGU